GGGACUGUGGUCAGACCAUGACUGACUCUAAUUCACCAUGAAUUUGGAAGGUCUUGAGAUGAUAGCUGUUCUUAUCGUCAUUGUGCUCUUUGUCAAAUUGCUGGAACAGUUUGGGCUCAUUGAAGCAGGUUUAGAAGACAAUGUGGAAGAUGAAAUGGAGACAGCAACUGUGCGUCAUCGCCCGGAGGCACUUGAACUGCUGGAAGCACAGACCAAGUUUACAAAGAAGGAGCUUCAGAUUCUGUACAGAGGUUUCAAAAACGAAUGUCCCAGUGGAAUUGUUAAUGAAGAGACCUUUAAAGAUAUCUAUGCCCAGUUCUUCCCACAAGGAGAUGCAUCCACAUAUGCACAUUUUCUGUUUAACGCAUUUGAUACAGACCAUGACGGAUCUGUAAGUUUUGAGGAUUUUGUAAUCGGUCUGUCUACAUUGCUUCGCGGCACAAUUCAGGAAAAAUUAAACUGGGCUUUUAAUUUAUAUGAUAUAAAUAAAGAUGGAUACAUAACAAAAGAGGAGAUGUUUGAUAUAAUUAAAUCCAUUUAUGACAUGAUGGGAAAAUGUACAUACCCUCUAGUCAGAGAGGAAACACCAAGGCAACAUGUGGAGAAUUUCUUCCAGAAAAUGGAUAUUAAUAAAGAUGGAGUGGUUACUAUAGAAGAAUUCAUAGAGAGCUGCCAAAAAGAUGAAAAUAUUAUGUGCUCUAUGCAGCUGUUUGAGAAUGUGAUAUAGCACACGUGCGUCAUCUCGGAAGAACUUUACAAUUUUAUCUAUUUUUGACGAUAAUUUGAAGCUGCAAUUUCCAUCUUACCCAUAAAUAGACUGUUCGGCUUUCUACUAAGUUAUAUAUUAUGCAAAAUAGCUUUUUUUUAUGAUGCCUUCCAUAAAUUAGGUUCCACGAUGUGUAGCAGUUCAACAUGAUUUUCUAGUGUAUCAUAUUGAAUACUUUCAUUUUUUUUUUCUUCUUGGCUUUAAUAAAAGCGGUUCCAUAGUAA